CAACACGAACGCCGCAACACGAAAAUACAAAAGCCACAUCACAACCGCAAAUGCCACAACGCAACACGAACGCCGCAACGCAACGCGAAAGCGAAAACGGAAGUAGCUGCCCACGGGAGCGAGCGUAUUUUGGAGGAACGCCCACGGGAGCGAGCGUAUUUUGGAGGAACGGAGCUGGAGGAUGGCAGAUCGUUCAAGAAGUAAGUGAAACAUGAUUCCUUACUUUAACUGUAGCCGCAAGGAAUCAUGUUUCACUUACUUCUUAAACAAUCUGGCAUCCUCCAGCUCCGUUGUUACGUGCCUACUGGUUUUUGAACCUACUGGUUUGGCUACGCGUUUAGAUGUUAUUAAGAGAGUAAUCCUACUUGGGCAAUGUGCUAGAAAACCUGACAGAACUAUGUAUUUCACGCUACGCCACCAAAAACCAGUUGUCUUGGCUCACCCUGAACCAAAAGAUGUUCUUGCCACUGACGAUUUGCAAUUUCAUGAUAAGUAGUGAAAUCAGUAGCGGCAUUUGACAGCUCGGUUGGCCGACGGCGUAGCGCCGCCGUCUUAUAAAGUUUUGCUAUUUUGCUCGACUGCGAGUUCGAAUCCAGGUUGUGGCGAUCUUUUAAUAAACGUAUGUUCUUUUAUUUAUUUCUUUAUACGUGGCAGUGAUGUAGUGCUCACUUAUACAAUCAUAACCGCUGCAUUGGAUAUGGGAUACAUUUUGAACAUUUUCAGAAAUAUGUUUGCGACUGUGUGACGGAUCAGGUGACCGAGGCAGACAACAUCUGCCGCUGUCGGGGCAAAACAAACACGCACGCGUAGCCAAACCAGUAGGUUCAAAAACCCAGUCGGCACGUAACACCGGAGCUGGAGGAUGCCAGAUCGUUUAAGAAGUAAGUGAAACAUGAUUCCUUGCGGCUACAGUUAAAGUAAGGAAUCAUGUUUCACUUACUUCUUAAACGAUCUGCCAUCCUCCAGCUCCGUUCCUCCAAAAUACGCUCGCUCCCGUGGGCGUUCCUCCAAAAUACGCUCGCUCCCGUGGGCAGCUACUUCCGUUUUCGCUUUCGCGUUGCGUUGCGGCGUUCGUGUUGCGUUGUGGCAUUUGCGGUUGUGAUGUGGCUUUUGUAUUUUCGUGUUGCGGCGUUCGUGUUGUGUUGUGGCGUUUGCGGUUGUGUUGUUGCUUUUGUAUUUGUCUGAACCUUCUCGGCCACCGUACAAAAGACACAAGAAUAAGAGUUCAAUGACCAUGAGUUUCCUUCUGACCAUCACAGGAAGACCGAUAUAAACCCUGAAUGGUGGUUUGCGGUCCGACAGAUGCACUUUUACGCACUCCAUCUCCAGCCCUCACUCUGCGCUCCUUUUACGCACACUGGAUAUUUGACUCCUCGGCAAGAUGUCAAACGUCAGAAUACCGCAUUAUUCUAUAGUGUGAGGCUCGGUGUCAUUCAUUUUGGGCUCUCGCGGGGGGCAGUUUGUUUCUCCUCCGCGUGCAGGCAAAAUCACAAGCUCAACAAUGGUUUCGGCGGGUUUUUUUUAGGUUUCCUCUCAACAUAAACUUUUGUAUAGGGAUUUAUAACUUCAGGAUUAACUUGAGCAUCGUCGGUAUCUCCGUCAGGGAUAAAUCAAAGAGAGAUGGUGGUCGUAUCGUUCCUCUACGUGCUAUGCACGUGGAUAAGUUUCGUCUUUCCUUCGCAUGGAACCGGCUUUGUUUAUCACUUUCCAGGAAUCACUUUGCAGCGACAGCGCAUCGGAUCGGAGCAGAGCGGCAGCACUGGACCGCCAGGUACCGGGUCCCGUACCCAACUCAGGAACUGGUGUCAGUAUACCGUUUCCAGAACCGUGUCCUGUCAGGUACACAACGGGACAGAAACCAGCGUGCAGAGAGUGUUUCAGGGCUGCCGAUGGCCCGGACCAUGCGGCAAAGUCAUCAGUUACAGGACCCUGAUCAGGCCGUCCUUCAAGCUCACCUACAAGCAAGUGACUGCUCUGGAGUGGAGAUGCUGCCCAGGGUUUGUGGGAGAAGAGUGUCGAGAGGAGUGCUUGAACUGCACCAGUUUCACAGACAUGAACAGCCGAAUAAAUGCCAUCGAAUCAAAGAUGAAGCUUUUAGGAGAGGGACACGCGUCGCUCCCCACAGCCGGCAGUUUGUCAGAAGGCUCAACGGACAACGAGGUGGUCGCUCCCCAACCCACCCCGAUUGGACCGCCAUCACACCCGCCACCAGGGCCGAUGGGACCACCAGGACUUCCAGGUUCUGCUGGACCUCCGGGUCCGGCUGGAAGAGAAGGCCUCCCAGGACCCACCGGUCCAAAGGGGGACAGGGGUCUAGCAGGAGAAAUAGGACUCCCCGGCCCACCUGGCCAACCGGGUCCUCCGGGACCGGGCUCCUCUCCUGUACAAGAGCGCGGUGACGUUUUUCACAAUCAAGGACUGAGAGGACCCGCAGGAUUACCAGGCCUGCCAGGGCGAGAUGGCGAGGAGGGCGUCCGAGGCACGCCUGGAGAUCCCGGGCGCAAAGGAGAUCCGGGAGAGAGGGGCACACCAGGUGUAGCGGGCGAACGGGGCCUACCUGGAGCAUCCGGGCCAAAAGGAGAGCCAGGAGAAGGCUUGAUUGAGGGUGAGGCUGUGCAGCAGCUCAGGGAGGCCCUGAAGAUCCUGGCCGAGAGGGUCCUGAUCCUGGAACACAUGAUCGGCGUUCAUGAGACCACUGAAGGGUCUGGAUUUGGCAGCAUUUCGGACCCCCUGUCUUUCUCUUCCAUAAAGACCAAGCGCCUUCAACCCGUUCAAAACAUUCUUCAAGCUCCAGUAAUGGGGGAGAGACAAAGACAAGCUCCCCUUUAAGGGGACAUUAGCCUAAUGUCGUAUUUAUGUGUUUGAUUGUGACGGAUGUGGCAAAUUUUGCCUGACUGGACAAACACCUUUUUGUUUAUAUCAUGUUUCUCAUCAUAUCUUUUAUUGUAUGGCCUAUUAUUGCCUUUUAAUAGGUGUAAACAAAGAGAUGUUGAGCUUUUUAUCCAUAUGAGAGGCUUUAUCGAGUCUAGCUGUGUGCUUUUAGUCUACAUAACCUUGUAUAAUAUUUUACCAUAAAAUGUAAUAUCCUAAAAUGUUAUGAGGGCUUUGGCAUCAUUCAUUCCUCAGAUAACAGACUGCCCAGUAACUACGUCAGUCUCCUUGGCUGACGUUGCAAAGGUCUGCAAUGUGAGUUCCCAAGAGCUGGACCCCAAAUAUAACAUUUGUGUCAAACACAUUCUUGUAUCGACCUCCGGGUUCAUCUCGUGUUGGCCUGUCGACCGUGUUUCUUCUUUGCUCCUCUUUCGGUCUCUGCUUGAUCGGCCUUGUUAAAACUGAGGUAAAACAUGACCGGCUGCCAAGAAUAUCUGCUUAAAAUAAAGUUUGGUAAAAUAGCAUCUGGGGAGAGCACAUCUGGAAAGAGGAGAGGCUUAAGCAGUUAAGUUUUUGGCCCGGAAAUGGCGAACCCUGCACAGCUCCAGUGCACCUUUAUGCGCUCGGCUGAUGGAGCCCCAAACAGGAUUACGUUGACUUCUUCAUAAACUGCCUCUGAGCUUUGUCUCCAAGCUGAUGUGAUUAUUGUACAAUAUGUCUCUGAGCGAGAGAUGUGUUGGUCUCUGAACAAAGCUUGGACCGUUCCCGUUAUCUCCAUUACAAGGUUCAUCUUCGAGGAAUUUGGGAGCUUAGCUCAUUUGUUAUCUUGAUGAAAAGUUGGGUGGAAAGAUUGAACCACUUUCCUGUAUGUAUGCAACAUGAAUCCAGAGCCGAGUAGCAUGUGAGCACAAAGACUGGAAACAAAGGGUAAACAAUAGUCAAACUACCAGCACCCUGAAGCUCACCAAGGAAUAUCAGAUAUCAUCUGUAUAAACACUAAACACAACACGCUUCUGAACAAUAAUCUGUGUUCUCGACUAUUUAUUUGCUGAGUGUAGUUGCCAGGUAACCAGGUGUUAAGACUGUCAACGAAUUAGAUGGAAAAAGUCACAUCUAAAUAAAAUACAACAUUAACACUAGUGAGCCAAUUAAACAAUGUUUUAAGGAAGGUUAGUGGGUGUCUGGUUCCGCUUGUUUAUUAACAUUUUGAACACUAUUACAUUAUUAUAUAUUUUGUAUGUAUUAUUUUGAGGGGGGAAACAUCUGCUCUGUUUCUGUGAAUUA